GAUGGCGGCCUGGAAGUACCUCUCGUUCAUCAUCAAGGAAACUGCAGCAACUUCUCCCGGCAUCAGAAGUGUCGUGAGCCCGAAGAAGCUGAGUCCCAGGAUCUUGGUCGGGCUUGCAGCUGCCGGAGCUGGGGCGGUGCUGGCUGGGAGCCUGAUGUCUCACAAAGUUGAAAGUCGGUGGAGGAGCAGCGACCUGAGCCGCAGGUACAGUGUGUAUGCGGCUGAGGAACAGGUCCAGAAUACCAUUAAAGAAGAAACCAAAGAAGAAUAUGGCUGUGCUGCAACUUGCAAACAACGUUUCAAACAAUUUGCCUCAGUUGAAUAUGAGGGUGAAUUAUUCAUGACUCCUCGAGAUUUCCUGUUCUCAGUUAUUCAGGAAUGUACAGACGGUGGUGACAAUGUCCUUUCAGGUAAAAUGAAUAUAAAGAAAUUAACAAAGCAGGAUAUUGAUACAUUAGUGGCACAAGUAACUACUGUGAAACAAAGUACUAAUCUUUUCAGAGACCUUGGAGAUAACGGUUUGAUAUCAUAUACUGAGUACUUAUUCUUGCUUGGAAUUCUGACAAAGCCACACACUGGAUUCCAUGUUGCCUUUAGUAUGCUGGAUACUGAUGGAAACCAACAAGUGGAGAAAAAAGAAUUUCUAGUGUUGCAGAACAUCAUUCGCCAAAAGAAAGAGGUCAAGCUCGGAGCACAUUCUACAUCGAAAAGUAGCAAAGGAAUGAGCACAACACUGCUGGUGCACUUCUUUGGAAAAGGAGGAGAGAGGAAGCUCCAGUACAAAGACUUCUACAGAUUUAUGGAAGAUCUGCAAACAGAAGUGCAAGAGAUUGAAUUUACAGAGUUCUCUCGAGGCAUGAAAACCAUGAGAAGAGAAGAGUUUGCAGCUUGGCUGCUCCAUUUCACUGAAGAGCAAAACCGUAAUAUUUACUGGAAGAACGUGAGGAAAUUACCUCCAGGGGAGAGCAUUUCCUUUCAAGAAUUCAGGGCAUUUUGCCACUUUAUGAAUCAUCUUGAAGAUUUUGCUUUCACUAUGAAUAUGUUCACUGCAGCUAACCGUCCUGUUGGAAUAGGACAAUUCAAGAGAGCUGUGAAAGUUGCAACAGGGCAAGAAUUAUCAGAUAAUGUUCUUGAUACUGUCUUCAGGAUUUUUGAUGUGGAUGGAGAUGGGUGUCUGAGCAAACAAGAGUUCCUUGGAGUGAUUAUGACAAGGCUGCAUCGUGGCUUGAAGGUGCCAAUAAAACAUGGUUUCAAGGGCUAUUUUAAAUGUGUGAAGAAGGAGACUAUUGUUGGAGUUCAUGAAGCCUGGAAGCAGACUGGAAGAAGCCCCUGUUAAACCUACUGACCAUAAAGUCUUUUUACAUAAAAUAAUCCAGAGCUAUACAUGAGAGCCAAUUUGUUGAGGAAAUUUGUCACGGGUGAUUUAAAACAAGUUUUAACAUAUUUAGGAUUACUAGAAAGCAUCCAGAGUUUAAUAAAAUGUAAUAAGUGUGAUGUUGCUUACAUACACAGUGUAUUUACAUAAAAAUAAAACAUUGUCUCAUGAAAAUGUAUUUUCACAUUUGUUUACAAGCCUGCAUUAUACUGUAAUAAUGAAAAACACUGUCAAUUUUGUCACUUAAGUGUGACAUAAUUCUAUUAAAGAUGUCUGUGGUAUUUUUGACUUUUUGUUCCUCCAAAUAUGGACUUUUAUUCAGCAUUUAUUUUCUUGAAGGCAAUGCACUUUAAAUAAAAUUAAAGUGGUUGAAUCAUUGACCUUCUCUGUAUAUUUCAGGCAGUUCAUUUCUCUCAGAUGCUCUUAAAAAUACAAAGAAAGAAAUCUGUUUGCUUAACUCAACCUUGAAUGCACUACAUAGAUCUCAGGGGCAAGAAGAGAAGGGGCUUCUACCUGGGUAGCAUUCUUCAUUGAUAUAAUUGAAGAAGACCACAAAGAAAUGUUAAAGUAUUGCUUGCCCCAAUAAAUCAACAGGAUCUAUGCAACACCAGAAGUGAUGUUAUACAAACAGAUUUAGUCCUAAAAACAUUUAAUCUCUGCUGCUUCAGUGCAAGACAUGAAAUAUUCAGGGACUUGAUUGAAUGUGUCUUUAUAUUCUUGUAUACAAGUUUGUUUUAAGAAUCCAAGACAAAAUAUGACUUUUAAAAACAUUGUUUUUAAAUUACAUUUAAGAUGUAAGAUUCUAUCCUACAUUGUAACACUGGAGGUAAUUUAUCCUAACGUCUCAAAACAAUUAUUCAACAACUGUGAUUACUUUUUAGAAAUUAGAUAAAACUGCCCUUUGGUUUAAUUAUUUUUACUUGAAUAUGUAAGAACUACAAUGAUUUCAUCAGAAUCUACUACAUCUGGAAUCUUUAUUAAAUCUGC